CUUUCAACUGGUGGGAGAACUACUUUAGGGUAAUCUGUGUGAGAAGCAAGUCCAACUUCCUCAAAAAUCUGUUUGAAGACUUGACAAAGUGUCAGAACAUGCUACACAUCCUCUCCAGCUUACUGAGGAUUGUGGUGACCGCCUGUGUGCUUGGUGUCUACGUCCCUCUGGCCAAAAUGGACUGGGAUGUUGUGACCUCUAUUCCAAGCCAGGAGACAAGAAUUGUAGCCAUCAUCAUUGGGGUCCAGCUGAUCUCCUCAGCACUCUGCCACUGGUUUGCAUUGGCAGCCUGUAAGAUGCACGCCAUACGCCGAUGCUUCGUCCUGCCUUUGUACCUGGCUUCCCUGGCUGUGAUAGUAUUGUUUAUUGUUCCUGUCAUCGUUUACUACCAAGACUACCAAUUAAGCCUGAACACAACGGAAAACAUCAACUUCUCCAGUUACUGUGCCAUAGCUGUGAAUGAAAGAAAUCAAAGUCUGAGUGGUAACAUGUUCCCCCAGCUGGUUUUGGACGUUACACACACUCUGUGCUUCCUGGACAUGUCAUCGAUAGUUGAUAUCGGCUUGCUGACAGGUGCAGCAGCAUCAUGGUGGAUUGGCCUCAUUUUGGCCACUGUUCAUAUAUGCUAUCUCAACAUCUAUCGUAUCCAAAAGACACAAGACCUGUUUGUUAGGAGGCUCUAUGAAGGAGCCUUUAUCGAGCAAUCCUUACUCCUCAACACCCGUUUUGACAUUCGGACGAGUAAAGGCAAAAAGAAACAUUACAGGGAAGACGCCACCCCGGCUAUGUUGUAUCUCUGUGCAACAAUGUGGCAUGAGACCUAUGAGGAGAUGAUGAACAUCAUGAUCUCAAUUUUCAGACUGGACAAGUACAGACCAAAGAUAGAACCAAAGUUGAACGAUUUCACCUUUGAAGCCCACAUCUACUUUGAUGACGCCUUUGAAACUGUCCAAGGGCAUCAGGAUCGUCAGCUGAACGCAUACGUAAAGGACCUUGUGAAAAUCAUCCCAGAGGUUUAUGGCAUCUUCAAGAAUCUUGAUAAAUCCUUCUUUGAGGUGCAGCAGCAAAUUCCUGAUCAGUCAAUCAUAGAGACACCAUAUGGAGCUCGUCUCGUUGUUGAAAUGCCUCAUGGGAAUAACAUUGUUGUUCAUUUCAAAGACAAAGAGAAAAUUCGGAACAAGAAGAGAUGGUCUCAGGUUAUGUAUCUUUACUUCCUUCUGGGCUGGAAACUAAUGACCAAACAUCACAGAAGCUGGAAGAUGGGAUGUAGUGAAAAUGAUCUAAGAGAAGAGAUGGAGAGAGAGAAGAAGAACACCUACCUCUUGGCUUUAGACGGGGACACUGACUUCCAGCCUGCUGCUGUGAUGAUGCUCAUUGAUCGUCUCAAAAUGUAUCCUCGUGUCGGCGCAGCAUGUGGCAGGAUUCAUCCUACUGGAUCAGGCCCAGCUGUUUGGUUCCAGAAGUUUGAGUAUGCUGUCAGUCAUUGGCUGCAGAAAACAGCAGAGCACGUCUUCGGCUGUGUGCUGUGCAGCCCCGGCUGCUUCAGUCUGUUCAGAGCAGAGGCGCUAAUGGAUGAUAACGUGAUGAAGAGGUAUUCAACCAAAUCCACAGAGCCCAGCCACUACAUCCAGUAUGACCAAGGUGAAGACCGCUGGCUGUGCACUCUGCUAUUGAAACAAGGGUGGAGAGUGGAAUACAACGCAGCAUCUGACGCCUACACCAAUGCACCACAGCACUUUAAAGAACUAUACAACCAGCGGAAACGAUGGGGGCCUUCCACGAUGGCGAACAUUGUGGAUCUGCUCGGCUCCACCAACAUUGUUUCCAAGAGGAACUCAUCAAUGUCCAAACCGUUCAUGUUCUACCAGCUGUUUGCCAUGAUCUCAUCCAUCCUUGCUCCAUCCACUAUCUGUUUCAUGAUUGCAGGUAGUUUGUCCUUCCUCUUAAAUAUAAAUGCUGCUGGUGCUCUGGUCAUCGCUGUGAUACCUCCUGCCAUCUACUUGGGCCUUUGCUUCAAGCUCAAGCCUGACACUCAGAUCACCAUUGCAGCAGUGCUGAGUGCCAUGUAUGCAGUUCUCAUGCUGGUGGUGACAAUGUCCAUUAUUGCCUCAAUGGUGAAGGAAAGAACCAUUCUGACACCCAGCAGCAUUUUCACAGUGGCCAUGUCCAUCAUUUACAUUGUCACUGCGCUGAUGCAUCCUCAGGAACUUCCUUUGUUGUUCUAUGGCUUUCUCUACAUCAUAUGCGUUCCAAGUGCCUAUCUCCUGCUCACCAUCUAUUCCAUGGUCAAUAUGAACAAUGUCUCUUGGGGCACCAGAGAAACAAAGCCUGCUGCAGGGGCUGCAACAACUGCCCAACAAACUAAAUCACAAAAAGCAAAAAACACCUUCAAGCGGCUGUGCUCCUGGAUGAAAUGUUGUAAAAAAUCCAACCACACAUCAGAAGAUGAACAGCCCAGCAUAAGACAGGAGAAUUUGAUCUCAGAGCCUACACAGCUUGAACCUCAACCCCAGAACACUAUUGUGGAUGAUGUUUCAGAAAACAAACCAGAGUAGGUUUUAACUUAACCCUAACCCUAACUACAAAGCAACGUGGGAUACUAAUAUUGUUUCAUUGUCUUUCAGGGAAGAAGAGAUAUACUUUCUCACUCCACUUCAAUGUUGGAAAACACAACUUGAGAGCUUGUCCAGCGACAUUCAGCUGCAGGAGGAUUCUCUGGAUGAGGAUGAAGACCAGUUUUGGAAGGAGCUUAUUGAAAAAUACCUGGAACCUUUGCAAAAUGACAAAAUAAAGCAGGAAAAGGAUAAAAAUGACCUGCAAGAGCUGAGAAACAAGAUCAAUUUUUCAUUCUUUUUCCUGAAUGCUCUGUGGCUGGUGGGAGUCUUCGUCAUUCAGGUCUUCAACAUCUUUGCCAUCCAGAUAAAUACUGUUGACAUGGACCUCAAUGAAACUGGAGGAAAAAUCCAGAUUGAACCAAUCAGCCUCAUGUUCAUUCUGGGUUUUGCUCUUUCAGUUUUGCUUCAGUUUAUUGGGAUGUUAUACCACAGAGUCGCUACUCUCAUUCAUUAUGUGGCAUUUAUGGAAACUGAGCCAAAACAACCGAAACCUGCAAAGAAGCAGAAUAAAUCCAGUACAGCUUCAAGCUCAACCUUUGCCUCCGUCACUGACCUGAGCAACUCCACAGAGGAAGAAACAGAGAUUGAAUUCUGGCACAGUGAAAACGAAUUUUCAGAGCUGGACUCUGAAGAAGAAAGUCAGGAGCUUGAGGAUUGAAACAAAUCUGUUUCUGGACCAAAAGACGUUUAGCGCUUUAAUGUGUUUACUGUGCAAACGAUUAUUAUAA